GUUCUUUCUCAUUCUCUUUGACAGGUGUUAGCGGGCAUUAGACAGAAUGGCCUCCAUGGUUAUUUAGUGAUUUUGCGUCUUUGAGAGGCGACCCGCAUCUGUAGCGACAGCCUCGCACACGACACCAACGAUGUUUCUCCUUCUCCCAUGAAACCAGGCAUCUUCAUUUUCACAUUCAUACUAAUUAUGUUAAUGGGCUAUUAUCAUCAUCUUCCUCCUCUUAAUCUUCCUUUUCCCCGUUUUUCGCUUCACCUAAUAAAACAAAAAACCCUAGCACCACCAACACCAUGGAUGAUCCUAAUGACAGAGGAGGAGGAACCACACCAUCAAAAGAAAAUACAUCAACUCCACUUUCUCUCAUUGCAGAGGCCUUUGAAGAACUUGCAAGAACUAUAAAAUCUAAAGAUUUUCAAGAUCUAAGAUUGGGUACUUUUUCUGAAGCUUGUUCUCUCGUUUCUGUUCUUUUUGGUUGCCUUGGAAUCGCUUUCAAAUUUGCAGAGAUGGAGUACGUUGCAAAGGUGCAAGACUUAGUCCAAGCAUCAAAAACAUUUGGUACUUUGAGGAAUAUAAUUGACUAUGAUGUUGAGAAUGAUACUGUGAGAAAGCCUGGUAGCUCUACUCGUAACUUACGUAGAGUUAGACAAGGUCUUGACCUCAUCAGAGCGUUAUUUGAGCAAUUCAUCUCAUCAGAUGAAUGCUCUCUGCGAGAAGCAGCUUCAUCUGCUUAUGCAGAAGUCUGUGCUCCAUUUCACACGUGGGCAAUUAGGACAGCGGUUUUUGCAGGGAUGUGUGCACUCCCGUCAAAGCAACAACUUAUACUGAAGCUGAAUGAAACAGACCAGUCCGUGGAGAGGGAAAUGAGAAGGUACAUUGACGCCUCAAUUCCCGUGAUAGAGUACAUUGAUAAGCUUUACAUCUCUAAGAACAUCACUUUAGACUGGUAAUGUUGCCAUUUCAUUUGCAAACACCUAGAACCGAUAUUGUGCAGAGCUGAAAUUCUUUACCGACUUGUUUUCAGCUUUGAUAGCGAACUAGAUAAUUUUUGCUCGCAUUCAAUUUGACUUAUUCUGCCACAGCUUAGUGUAACUUUUUCUUCUUGUUUUUAAUGUAUUUAAUUAUGUUGUACAAAAUUGAAAUUCGGUUGAACAUGGUCACAUGGGUACUUUGCUCUGCUCGCCAAGAACCCUAAGCAGAUUCGUGAAUGUAUGAUGAUUUGCAUCAGUGAGUAAUUUGGGUAUGAAAAAGGACUUGAGAUAUACAUUGUAAUAGUUGGAUUUGUAGUUUUUUGUUACAAGUUUUUGUUUA